AUGUCUACCUCAUCAACAAACAGCUGGCUGCGCGGUCAGCGCAAGUCUGAUCUCGUCGAGAUUGCCGAAAAUGUCGGUCUCCAGAGCUACGAGAACCUGAAAAAGGCUGAGCUCGAAGUCGCCCUCGACGAGUACCUCGCCGAGCACACCACGCGCUUCAGCUCCAGGUCGGAACUGUUCGGUUACUACAACAGCCGCUCCAAGGCCCUCGGCUCCCCCGUCAAGAAGGAGGGAGCCGUCAAGGACGAGGCUGAGAAAGCCGUCAAAGUUGCCAGGCGCAAGGCCUCUAAGGCUGCCGAAGAGAUUGCCAACGAGACCGAGGUCAUAUCGCGUACCCCCUCGUCGGCGCUCGUGCAGACGCCCGGCCGCAGCUUCUCCCAGGUGGCGUCUCGGCUGACGCUGCCGGCGACGCCUGCCGACGUGGCCCACGCCGUGGACCGGUCGACCCUGGCGGUGCGCCAGCGCGUGUCGUCCCUGUACACGCAGAGCGGUAUCACGGACGUGGCGACGGCGACGCGCGACUCGCUCAGCACGAUCCACUCCAUCGUGCUCCUCGUCAGCGCAUUCGAGCUCCUCUUCGUCCGCGCCGAGGUGCUCCCCAGCCGCUACGCCUUCACGGUGCCGGCCGUGCCGGCCAUCGGCACCUCGGACUACCCGGUCUACCUGCCCGACAUGUUCCUGCUGCUGACGUCGUCGUUCUGGUACCCCGCCCUCACGUGGGCGCUGACCAGCCUCGUCCUGCCCUCGCUCUUUGGCUACUUCUUCAACCUGAGCGCCACCAGCUCCGUCAACGCCUCGGCCCCGCGCACCCGCGCCCGCGCCGCCGCCGUCCCGGACUACGCCGUCGACCCCCUCACCUUCAGCGUGGCCAAGGCCCUCCUGUCCUUUGUCGUCUACGGCCAGAAGGCCACCCUGGGCGGUCUCCUGCCCGUCUCGUCCAUUACCCGUCUGGACCGAGCCGUCUACGGCGGAUACAAGGGUAUCCUGACUGGCACGGCCGUCACCGGUCUGGCCAGUAUAUAUGAUGCCGUCCUUCGCAAGUAA